CCAUGAUGUGUGUACAAUUGUACCCAUCAGUGCAAAUUUUUGUUGGACUAUAUUUUGAAUCUUAUUUGUGCACUUUUGCACACGUCAGUACACAAUUGAUCAUGUCGGAGGCGGCGCAGCUCGACGCCUUCUUGGCGGCCAUGACGCAGUACUCGCCCACGAUACCGGGCGAGCUGGUAGAGUUUUAUCUGCAGCAAGCGGGGUUUGCCACCAACGACGUGCGAGUCACGCGGAUGAUCUCGCUGGCGGCGCACAAGCUUCUGCUGGACGUGACGCACGACGCAAUGCAGUAUCAGCGUAUUCGCUCACAGGCGACGUCGUCCACGACCACCGGCGCUGCAUCGGCAGCGCUAACGGCCGUACAGACGCCUGACGGAGCCUCCCCCACUGGCAGUCGCUCCGUGCUGACGAUGGAGGACCUGGCGGCCAGUCUCAAGGAGUACGGCGUUAAUAUCUGCAGACCUGAGUACGUGAGCGACGUGGUGGAAGACCCCACAGCCUAAAAUGUAAGCGAAAGACUAUUUUUUGCUCUAAAAAUUGGUGUAGAUUGAGCUCUUGUUGUCUACAGCUCUUCGUGCUCGUCCACAGGCAUCUCCUUCUCAACGACUUUUCGUUUCUUCUUCUUCUUGAGAUCCUUGUCGGCACUUUUGACGAUAUCGUCCAUGAAGUUGGUCUUACUGAGGUCCGUCUUGAGCGCCUUGGGGUAUUUCUUGAGUACUCUCAGGAACAUGGUGGGUUCCUGGCCCUUGUACUUCUUCAACAGUGUGUCGAUGGCCUCGUCCUCCAGUUCUUCUUCCGGAGCGCCAUUCUGCUCGAGGAAAUACUCCAGACGCUCACGAGUGGCGGCAGCAGCAUUCUCAGUCGGCACACAUUCACACGCCUCCUUCUGCGCGUCCUGGUACGCUGGACACGCGAUCAUCUAGCAGGUUUAGAUCAUAUAAAACAAUGUCAGUAAUCUGAGGAGACAAUGGCGGACUAUCGAGACAAUUGAC